GGCGCCGGGGCUGGGCGGUGCGGCCGCGCCGCCCGGGGCAGGAGCGGCGGCGCCGGGGCGAUGGGGAACCUCUUCGGGAGGAAGCGGCGGAGCCGCGUCACCGAGCAGGACAAGGCGGUGCUGCAACUGAAGCAGCAGCGGGACAAGCUGAAGCAGUAUCAGAAGCGGAUAAGCCAGAACCUGGAGCGGGAGCGAGCCCUGGCCAGGCAGCUGCUGAAGGACGGCAAAAAAGAGAAAGCUAUGCUCUUGCUAAAGAAGAAACGCUACCAAGAGCAACUUCUAGACAAAACAGAGAACCAAAUCAGCAACUUGGAGAGGAUGGUCCAGGAUAUUGAAUUCACCCAGAUCGAAAUGAAGGUCAUUGAGGGUCUGAAAAUAGGCAACGAAUGUCUGAACAAAAUGCACCAGGUUAUGUCAAUAGAAGAAGUAGAAAGAAUAAUAGGGGAAACCCAGGACGCUGUGGAGUACCAGAGGCAAAUAGAUGAGCUGCUGGCUGGCAGCCUGACUGAGGAAGAUGAAGAUGCCAUUCUAGAAGAAUUAAACACUAUUACUCAGGAACAGAUGGAGCUUCCAGAAGUUCCUUCAGAGCCCCUUCCAGAAAAGAUCCCAGAAGCAUCACCCAUCAAGAACAGGCCAAAACCAGAACUGGUGGCAGCAUCUUAACUCCCACUGCUGGGGAUUCCCCCACAUAACUUGCACCCAGGACAGUUUGCCCUCCUAGCUUGUGCUGGGAACAAACAAAUGCCUUGGCAGCAUCCCAGCUGUGCUGGGCAGAUCAUGGAGCAGGAUUUCCCCCUGCAGAGGGGGGAACCUCAGCAGAUCUUUUGCUCUUGUAUCAAGAUUAUUUUCUAGUGCUUUCUCUUUUUUUUCUUUUUUUUUUGUAACUUACAUUCUAAACUCACUCAGCUGUGCUGUCUCUGGAUUAAACAGCAACUCUCCAACUUCCAAAGCCAAAUGCUUUCCUUAGGUUUGAUGCCAGUGGUGGAGCUGCCUUUGCUCUGACUGAACCCCCAGGAAUUCCCACCCUUGGGAGCAUCCAGCUGGGCAACAGCAAUCCACUGCCCUCAAGAGCUUUCCAGACCACGCUGGUGUCUGCACUCAUCUUGGUCUCUUUGCUUUUCCUUUUCUGACUGUGGAAGGGCUGCCAGUGUCUCUUGUCCUCCUGUAAACCUGGCUGGUGUGCCUGAGGUGCUGAGAGGGCAUGGGCAGAGCGCAGGCAGCCUGGGAGAAGGCUCUGGCCUGAGCUGACGCAGGCAGCAAUGCUCCCUGCUGGGGUUGGAAACGGUUGUCAGCCUUGUGUACAGCCAGCCUGUGCAGGAGGGUGGGCUGAGCAAAGUUCAGUCUUCUCUUGGCUUUGUGUCUGUGGGCAGCAGUGCUGGGGGGG